AAACGUAAAUAUUUCACAUGCGGCUCGCUGAGGCCUGUUGAAAGCACCGCUCAUGUCCAUUACAGAGGGUACAUUGGAAUCAACUAUCGACCUCUACCUCUUCCAAGGUUUUGUUUCUUGCCUCUCCCCUUAAUUGAACCCUCUGCUCUCUGCUGUUUACUGCCAAGGCAAAGUGGUCUAUUUUUAAAGCCGGUGAGGAGGAAGCCGAGGCACAGCACGAAACGCUGCGACUCCCGGUUCAACGCAGAGUGGGACCGAGCACAAACGUUUUUCUGUAUCGGUGCCGCGGAGGGAGCGUGUAGAUCAGAUCCAACGCUUCCGCUUGAAAUGCGGCAGCUGGAAGUGUUUGUGCGCCUCCCGCGUUGUCGUCCUCUCGCUCUCUUUUUAUCCCUGCUGUUUGAGCUGGUUCUCACGUUCCCUCUGUUCACAUUUCAUUUCCCAAACGUAUCGUCUCGUGUUCUCCCUCCAUCUCUGCCUCUCUCGCAGCUCCGAGCAUUAAGGCGAAGCGCUGGGUGAUCUGAUUGGGCUCCCAGACAUUUAUUAGCGCUAAUAUGAUGCUCUCAGUUGACUCGGUGCUGGUCUAUCAGCUCAGCAGACGUCCUGAUAUCUUUGUUUACUACGCGCUUUAGAUUCCCGUAUUCCACACAUAUGUGAGUGUCUGUCCUAUGCUCUUUCUGAUGGACUCCUGCAUUUUAAAGCCAUAUGUCAGGCAGCAGGCAGUAGACCAAGUGAAUGGCUCCCAUGCUGUAAACACUUGCUCAGAGCAGUGUCCGCUGAUUUAUAGCCUAAUAUAGAGCCAAGUUAAUGGCCUGUCAACUCCAAGCUUCUUUAUAGCACCAGCUCCACGCGGGGGGAAACCCAUGUAUGUGCUGAGUGAACAUCUACUACAUCCACUGUAUAAGUAUCCAUGUGAAGGAGGCAAAGCAUCCGCAUCCCUCCGGCCCCAUCAGGUCUGAGACGCUCCCUGUGUUUCCCCCUCUGAUAAUGUGAUGAGAUGAAGGAGGGAUUAGAGGAAGACUCGAGGAGGAUUUCAGAAAAAUACAAACUGCUGUGCAAAGAUAUUGUCAGAAGCUUGACGUGAUGAUGGGAAGGUGCAUAUGUAACACAAGGAUGGAGCCAUAAAGCAGGUGCACGUGGGAAUCAGCUCCAGUCCAUCAACAUGUGCAAUGAACUGUACUGAUUUAUGGGUCUGGCCCGCGCGCUGUUAGCUGCUGUCCAUCACGAUGCUUUAGCUACUGCAACAUUUACUGGUGUCUUGGAUGAAUUCUUUUUCCAUGCGUUCUACAACCACGCUCUGUAUUUCAUCUCACGUCUGUAGGUGACUCAUAGGCUGUCGGCCCGUUCAUAAGCUACACUAGAUUUAAGAGGCAGCACCAACACAAGAAGAUUACUGCGAUAAAUAUGUGGAGCCGUACGGUGUCUUCAUAUCACUACGCCUGCUUUCUGCAUCGCAGCUAGCAACAAACAAGCAAAGCACCGAGGGAGGCGUUCACAUUCAAUUCCCCUCAGUGUUUAUGCAUUACACUGGGGUUGAGACCUUGCAGAAAGAUGUGGACAACACACAUACAGAACUUUGAAUUUUCAUUGAGUCCAAGUUUAUUUUACUUAGUGACAGGAUUCAGAUUUGACAAAUGAAAAGCGGCCUUCAUGAUGUUCACUAUGCAAAGUUGGCAAAGUUGGUGGCAGGUGAAGCUGCCACCUAGUGUCCGGAUGAACAUAUAACCAUGUCUGUACACGGUCAUGCAUGAAGUUGGACUGAGUCAGGCUAAUGAGCCUGGAUAUGAUGGAGUCGUAGCAGUGACGCCCUCUUCCUCUCCUCCUCUGCCUCCACCCGCUCAUCGCUCAAAGAUAUAAUACAGGGGGCUUAAAAUAUCCCACCUGCAUGUAUAAUUCAUGAACUCAUUCAUCUUCGUCUGCUUCUCCUACUGUGAGUCUAUGUGCUCUUUAAAGUAUCUCACAGGUUCCAGUUUUAUGAAUGAUAUUGCGUUUUUUAUUCAGUUAUGUAGGACACGCUUUUGCAGAUGCGGUCACAUUCCUCAGUCGACACACACUGUACGAACACACACACACACACAAACAUCCACACAUGCACUAAUUGGCCCUUUGUGUUGGUUGUUCAUCCCUCUUACCGCAUAAUGAUGAAGAACGCAUCAGAAGUGGAUGGCAUAAUGGGCUGGCAUUCAGAGAGCAUUAGCAGGUAAUGGUUACUUAGCGUCAGCUGUUGCGUCUCAAAUCUAAAGCUUCAUUUCUUAUUCAUCCGUCUGUCUGGUCUCCAGUGUUUCCAAACCCAAAAGAGCAGAGCAGACUUAUGCACUGGUCUAAUGACAUACUUUAAUAAAUCAGAAACCUCAGCGAUGUGUUUGUGAUGUGUCACCACCAUCUGGUUUUCACAUAUCACUAGUCUCCAGCUUCUGGCCUCACUUAACAGGAAGCAUUGUGUAUAAUGUACAUUUCUUCUGUAAUUCAGAUGAGUUGCCAGAAAAAACAAUGGAAAACAAUUUAAUGGAUUGGCAUAAAUUCACACUAUUCCCCAGCACUUUGUCCUUUGUAGUCGCCUUCCACUGCUCUCUGGUUUAUUUGUGUGUAACUCUAAUGGGAAAGCAGAAGACAAACAGAACGCUGGCAGUGACAGCUUGGGGAGAAACAGGAAAAACAGAGACGUGUGAGUGAGCGAGGGGAAGGGAAAUGGAUCGAGCCUUGUGAGACACACAGACCAGGCUGCAGAAAGGAGACGGCGCUGCUCAUAAAUAUGGAUGGAGAUGAUCUAAACAUACAUAAACAGAACCAUCCAGAGUUGUGUAACUGUCCUGAAAAGCGAAAUGUCAAAGGGAAGCGCUUGUAAAGGCUCAUUCUAACAUUCUCUAACACUAGAAUCCAUGUAGUCACACAGACACAAAGUUCAAUGUAUGCAAAAACCUACAUGACGUCUGGUAACAAGGAAUAUGUGCCAAAGUGCAGUACCAUCUUACGCCAGCAGGGGGAGACAUAUACACACUGUCAAGCGCUGCGCAGGUGACUCUAAACUGAUCCCCGAUCAGAGGUCAGGUAGCGGCAGCUCACGGGAGACAUCGCCUCUGAACACACGAGGGGAUUUAUUUGUGCAAAAACCAAAAAAGUGAUUCCUUUGUGAAGUCCAGCGCUCUAGUAAAUCUAGUUUGUACUCAACAAGUGUGGAAAUCCACCGUCGCGUCUGUGAAGACAGAGGAUGCGUUACGCGUUCAGUGGCGGCAGAGGGAGCAGUUCAGGGACUCACGCGGCUCCGGUCGUGUGAUCGGAGGCUGAACAGUCUGGGGUGUGUCCGUCUGUGAGCUGCACACAGGGGCGUUGACCGGACGGGUAGAAGCUCCAACAUCAGUCUACGAGCUAACGUGAUUUCCAGCCAAUUAAUGUAGCCUCGGUCUAAUUUAGCUGAAUGCAGGGCCGGUUGUGGUGACAGCAGCGCACUUUGCACUGGUGAGAAAUAAAAGAUGAAAGAAUCAUCACUGGCGCUGGUCAAGAGAGCAUAAAACAGCAGGCAGAGGUUAGGAAGCAACCUUUUAUUAAUCUGCUUAGUCUGCCCCCCUCUCUCCCCCCUCUCUCCCCCCCUCUCUCUCUCCCUGUCUUCCUCUCUCCUCCCCUCCAAAUGAAGUCACACGGCUUUGUUUAGAGGACGAAGAAAACAGGGAUUUUGUGAGCGGGGAAUUGGCCAAAUUAAACGUAAUCAUGCUGUCGUUAUAUCACCGUCACAUCUGGCCCCCCGGUGACCUCCGCGGUGCCUGCUGUCGGUGCGCUCAUCCCGGCGUCGCCAGACAGCGCGCCGCGGCCAGCGAACGCACAGCCACAGCGCAGUAACCAUGGCUCCGGCUCGGUGCGCAGCGCCAAACUUUGACCAGCAGCGCAAGUUGGAGGCGUGAGGGCGCAGAAGGUGCUGGAGGGACACAGAAUACAGAGGGCUCCGGUUCUGUGCUGCCGCCUCUGGUCCCGUCGGUCCGGCUCUGGUUGUGGGAUUCACCGUGGGACCCGAGGCUCUGCACUGGCUGAAGCCCAGCCAUGGAGGUGGCCCUGGUAGACUUUGAGAGCCUGGAUGAAGUCGACGGCAGCCUGGAGGAUGAGGCGGACGAGACCACGGCUCUCACAGUGGAGCCCCCCGAGCAGCACAGUCACGGCAGCCGCUUCCCCCUGCCGGCCCCCCCGCGCCCCCCCACGCCCUGCACCUGCAGCCCUGGUUGGGACCCCGCCUCGUGCUCCCCCGCUGCUCCCCCGCUGAUCCUGGCGCUGCCCCAGUCCCAGAGCCCGUGCGGACAGGGGCCCAGCAGCUGUGCCAGCAUGAUCUCCAACUGGAAGCUGCUCCUGAGCAGCGAGGGCACGAAGGAGAGCGAGACCAUCUUCAGCCGACUCGCUAAGGAGUGCUGUGAGGAUCUGUUCGUGGACAGACGAGGGCUGGACGACGGAGACCAGAAAGUCAUCAUCAACAUCGCCGGCCUUCGCUUCGAGACGCAGCUGAAAACGCUGGACCAGUUUCCCGAGACGCUGCUCGGAGACCCCUCGAAGAGGAUGGACUACUUUGAUCCAAUGAGGAACGAGUACUUCUUCGAUCGGAACCGGCCCAGCUUCGAUGGGAUUCUUUAUUACUACCAGUCGGGCGGUAAAAUCAGACGGCCGGCCAACGUUCCAAUCGACGUGUUUGCGGAUGAAAUUGUGUUCUACGAGCUCGGCAACGAGGCCAUGGAGCAGUUCAGAGAGGACGAGGGCUUCAUAAAGGACGUAGAAAUCCCUCUGCCCAACAACGAUGUGUGCCGCCAGUUCUGGCUGCUCUUCGAGUACCCGGAGAGCUCCAACGCGGCUCGGGGCGUGGCGCUGGUGUCCGUGUUCGUCAUCGUCAUCUCCAUCAUCAUCUUCUGCAUGGAAACGCUCCCGGAGUUCCGAGACGACACGGACCCCAUCGUGCCCACCGUGGUGCAGCCGUUCAACCUGUCUAAAAUGUUCGCCUCCGCGGCCUCGCCGCGCACCAAGGCCACCACCUUCUCCGAUCCCUUCUUCAUCAUCGAGACCGCGUGCAUCGCGUGGUUCUUCUUCGAGCUCUGCGUGCGCUUCCUCGUGUGUCCGAGCAAACGGGAGUUUUUCCACAACCUCAUGAACAUCAUCGACAUCAUAUCCAUCAUCCCUUAUUUUGUGACGGUGAUUACGGAGCUGAUCACGACGCCGCAGGAGAGUUCCGGGCAGAACAUGUCUUUAGCCAUCCUGCGCAUCAUCCGCCUGGUCCGGGUGUUCCGCAUCUUCAAGCUCUCGCGUCACUCCAAGGGACUGCAGAUCCUGGGGCAGACGCUGAAGGCCAGCAUGCGCGAGCUGGGCCUGCUCAUCUUCUUCCUCUUCAUCGGAGUCAUCCUCUUCUCCAGCGCAAUCUACUUCGCCGAGGUGGACGAGCCCAACACGCAGUUCGUCAGCAUCCCGGACGGCUUCUGGUGGGCUGUGGUCACCAUGACAACCGUGGGCUACGGGGACAUGUGCCCCAUCACCGUGGGGGGCAAAAUGGUGGGCACCCUGUGCGCCAUCGCCGGCGUGCUGACCAUCGCUUUGCCCGUUCCCGUCAUAGUUUCCAACUUCAACUACUUCUAUCACCGAGAGACGGAGGCAGAGGACAAGUUGCCUUUGGCAGAUGCCGUUGAGCAAGCCAUGAAGGCUGAGACGGGCCCCAAACACGGCAGCAACACGUCCCUCAACAAAGCCAAUGGCCUCUGGCAGAGUGACUCUGUGCUACAAAGCAGGAAGGAAAACCAGGACAAAUAAGAUGUUUGAUACAGUAAUGAUACAGGCGGGACCACACUUACCUCAAGACAAGCAGAAAACAUCACUCCGCUCAUGUUCAGGACUGUACAUCAACAUGUUUCAAACUUAUGUUACUCUUCUUUUAUCAUCAUAAUUCAGUUUGUUCAAAAUGUGUCUUUUUGUUUUACUUUGGUCUCAUUUUUAUUGUCUUGGUCAUUAAUUCCAGUGUUAAUAACAUGCUGCACACAAACUUGAUGGUUUGGAUUUGAGACAAAAGUGUGAUGAGGCCUUUAAAAGUGGCCACUGGGCGGCUUUAAAGUCAAAUCGUGCUUUUGGGAAAUAUCUUUUAGCUCAAAUGCAAAAUUUCCGGUUGAACGAACUGGCUUUCAUUUUGGAGUAAUGGCUUUCGUGUCUCGUCCUCAAGGCUGCUGUUUGAGGCAUAUGCUGCAGGAGAUCCUGCUGCCAUCUGCAGAUGAAGCGUGUGAAACGGUGACUCACUGGAAUAAUGGCCAAUCCUGCACAAAUAAGACCACGGCAACGACAACAAAAGGACACAACACAGCUGUUCUGUAAACGUCUUAAUGUGCGACUCGUGUAUAGUUUCCAGAUAAUAUUCCUGUUGUAUUUGUCCGUUUAUUUACAAACGUAUCAAUAUUCAACUUAUUUAUUCAUAAGUAGCUCCACUGUUACUAACAGACAAACUCACACCACAGUAUGUGUUAACAUAGAGUGCCUUAAGUUAUGUACCACUGGAAUACUGUUGAUUUUGCCAUAUAUAUAUAUUAUUACUGCUGUAAAACUUACUGUAUGUUUAUUAUUAUGCAUAUAAGCUCAGUAUUUCUGAUCUGUCUCUGCUGUAGCACUUGUGACAUGUAUUUUCCAAAAUGCUGUGUAACAAAGACUGACCUACAGCACAUCGUACUGGUGGAUGACUUAUUGAGCAAGGAGCUGUUGAACAACAUGACGAGACAAAAAAGGAGGAGGAAGCCAAAGAUAACUGCUGAAAAUGGAAAUGAAGGGAAGGUGUUACAGGGCCGGCGGAGAUUAGCCCAAAAUGUCCCAUGACCCAUGGUGCAUUGUAAAGUUGUGUGGAAGUGUUUUAUCAAUAUUUCUUUUGUACAAUGUUUUCCUAUGAAGAAACUCCUGGAAAGUAACUUAUGUAUUAAUUUAAACCAGGAAUACAAUAUCUAAAUAUUAUCAAAGUUGAUACACUGUACGCUUGUGUAAUGUUUGACUUUCUGUGUGUGUGUGUGUGUUACAUGUCUGCCUUUAGUUGUGAUGGUUAGGGUUAGGGGCUAGUAAAGGCAUUAUGUCAAUGGAGGUCCUUACUUUGACGUAAGUACUGUACAAGGAUGUGUGUGUGUGUGUGUGUGUGUGUGUGUGUGUGUGUGUGUGUGUGUGUGUGUGUGUGUGUGUGUGUGUGUGUGUGUGAAGGCAGUGAUGAUGAUUAUGUUGACUGGUAUGUUGCUAUGAUAUCAGCAUAAUCAGUCAUCAGCUUGAACUGAUAACCUGUCUCAUGGUUACAGCAGGUCAAACUUUAUUACAGCAAAAAGACCAUUACACUGUAUUUGUACUUCUCUGUUACUGUUAUGUAGAUGCAAUAUAAUUUGGGAUUUUGGAUCACA